AAAAAAUUAUUAAAAAUGGAAAACCCACCAUCAUCUUUGCUUCUAGUCCAAUUCAAAAAUCAACCUUGAAGAUACGGUAGAUUCUUGAUGAUAUCUGCCGGAUCUUGCUUUCCAAACUGUCCCAAUGGCUAUCCUUUUUAACCCUCUUUUCUCCUUCUUCCUUAUUCACUUCCCCUUCUUCUUCUUCUUUUCUGGGCUUUUUUUUUGCUUUGUUUAACAAUCAUGGGAAUGGCUACUCAGACUCAGUUCCAUGUCCUUGCCGUUGAUGAUAGUCUCAUUGAUAGAAAACUUAUUGAAAGGCUUCUCAAGACUUCUUCUUAUCAAGUUACUGCAGUUGACUCUGGAAAUAAGGCUUUGGAGUUUCUUGGGUUGAAUGACAAUGAAGAAGAUGAAGAAAGGAAUUCGAGUGUUGCAUCAGAUGAUCAACAGGUGAGAGUGAAUUUGAUCAUCACUGAUUAUUGCAUGCCUGGAAUGACAGGCUAUGAUCUCCUGAGAAAAAUCAAACAAUCUUCAUCAUUUAAAGACAUACCUGUUGUUAUCAUGUCUUCUGAGAAUAUCCCAUCAAGAAUCAACAGAUGCUUGGAAGAUGGAGCUGAAGAGUUCUUUUUGAAGCCAGUUCAAUUAUCAGAUGUAAGCAAGCUGAAGCCUCAUCUCAUGAAAGGAAUUACAUCUAAAGAAACAAAAUCAAACAUUAACAAAAGAAAGGGUAUGGAAGAAAUUCAUUCCCCAGAUAGAACAAGAGCGAGAUACAGUGAACUGGAAGUUGUCUGAUCUGUAAAUCAGUUAUUUUAUCGGGAAAAUUUUCUGGGUUUUCUCUCCUUCAUUUUACCUUUUGGUUUCUGGAUACAAAGGGAGAUAACUUAUGAACCAAUUGUACUCAACUCUUUGCAUCAUGCAAAAUCAUUGUAUAGAAUUUUGAUUUCAUAUCGGAGAGAA